AUGUCGUCAGCCACACCCACUGCGAUCCCAUCCUUUAGGAAGGGAAGGAAGGUGGAGAAAUCAGAGGUAAUGGCUGACCCAGUUCAGGCCACCAACGAGGAGCUUAGGAGCAAAAUGAUGGACAUCCAGAUUGAGCUGCAGCAGGAGCGGGGCAAGGUGUGUAAGCUGCGUGAGCGACUCCAGGAGCAGCGUCAAGCUCGGGAACUGGAGCAACACAAGCACGCUGUGGCACUGACUGACCUGCGCGCCAAACUCCACGAGGAGAAGCUACGCGAGACCGCAGCGGCGCGCGAAGCUCUCGCACGGCAGCACGAAGCGGAGCUGGCUAGGACUAUUAAGAUCCGUGACACUGAAGUGCAGAGGCUCCAAGGACUGGUGCAUGCCCUGAGAGACGGAGCUGCGGACAAGCUAAAAAAUGCUCUUCUCGGAGAGGCUCGAGAAGAGGCCAGGAGAGCUUUCGAUGGCGAGCGACUAAAGCUACAACAAGAGAUCCAAGAACUAAAGGCAGCCAAGAAGCAGGCUGACGAGACGCUGGCCAAUGCUCUUCAAGCCGAUAAAGCCAAAGCAGCUGAUCUGAGGACAGCUUACCAGCAGCACCAGGAUGAAGUGCACCGCAUCAAACGUGACUGUGAGAGAGACAUUCGAAGACUGAUGGAUGAGCUAAAGGCCAAGGACCGUGUAGUGUGUGCCUUGGAGAGAGAGCUUGGGAUGCAGGCGGGUUACACCCAGAAACUCCAGCUACAAAAAGAAGCAUUGGAUGAGCAGCUAGUUCACGUACGAGAGGCCGAAAGACACAAUCAUGGCAGCCCAAAGAGAGAGGUGGUGCCUGGGUUCGGGGAAAACAUGGACCUGCUCAACAACCAGGAGGCGGAGGAGCGUGACACGAGAAGGUUUCAGCUCAAGAUAGCAGAGCUCCACUCCGUCAUCAGGAAGCUGGAGGACAGAAAUGCGCUGCUGGCUGAUGAGAGGAAUGAACUUCUGAAAAGAGUUCGAGAGGCUGAGAGCCAGAUGAAGCCCAUGUUUGAAAAGACCAAGCGCCUCUCCAAGAAGAACGAUGACCUCCUGCAAACACUGCAGCGAAUGGAGGAGAAACUUAAAAACUUGAGCCGGGAAAAUGCUGAGAUGAAGGAAAAAGCUUCCCGACCCCCAUUGCAGCACCAAACCCAUCAAAAUCAGUUGAAACGGCCCAGCUCCCUGACAGACUUAAGCCAUGCCCACGAAGAGCAGGAAGUCGAGUUCCUCAAACUUCAAAUUGCAGAACAACGUGGCAUCAUCGACGAACUCACUCAGGAACGUGAGCGUUUGGUGAUGGGCAAAAAAACAAGGAGAAAACCUCUCAAAUUAACCAAAAGGCAUGUUGUGGAGACAUAUUUUGGAUUUGAUGAGGAAUCUAUUGAGUCUGAAACCUCCUCUUUGACCUCCUUUAACACUGACCUCACUGAUCGUACACCUGCUACUCCAGAGGAGGAAUUAGAGGAGAGUGUCUCUCGAGAGGAGUCGGAGCUUCGGUUUCGUCAGCUCACCAGAGAAUACCAAGCUCUCCAGCGGGCCUAUGCCCUCCUACAAGAGCAGACGGGAGGCUCUCUUGAUGCCGAGAGGGAAGCCAGGACACGUGAGCAGCUGCAAGCGGAGCUCAGUGGCUGUCAUGCCAAGAUUGUGGAUCUGGAGAAAGUUCUGGUGGAGCGGGGGCAGGACUCAAAAUGGGUGGAAGAGAAGCAACAUUUACUCAGGACGAACCAGGAACUUCACGAGAAGAUGUGCGACCUGCAGCAAGCAGAGUCGCGGCUGCAGGCUGAACUUCAGGAUGCUCGAGACCAAAACGAGCUACUGGAAUUCCGGGUGCUGGAAUUGGAAGAGAGAGAGCGAAGGUCUCCUGCCCUCAAUCUUCACAUGUCUGCAUUCCCUGAGAACAGUAGCAGCGCCCUACAGCUCUACUGCCGCCAGGAGGGAGUCAAGGAUGUAGUCAUUCCCGAACUGAUGAAGAAACUGGAUAUCCUUGGAGAUAACGGGAAUCUCCGUAAUGAGGAGCAGGUUGCAGUGAUCCAGGCUGGCACGGUCAUAGCUUUGUGUGAAAAGUGGUUAAAACAGGUUGAUAACACAGAGGCCGCUCUGACGCAAAAAAUGAUUGACUUGGAAAAUGACAAGGAGCUGUUUAGCAAGCAGAAGGGUUUCCUUGAGGAGGAGUUGGACUAUAGGAAGCAGGCCUUGGACCAGGCUUACAUGAGGAUCGAGGAGCUGGAGGCCACGCUGUAUAACGCUCUGCAGCAGGAGCAGCCGUCGUGCCAGGCGGUGGCCGAGUCCCUGACUGACAGGCAGAAGGAGGAGCUGAGGCUCGCUGUGGACAAGCUGCGGCGUCAGAUUCUCCGGCAGAGCCGGCAGUAUGACAGUCAGAUCUUACAGGAGCGUAUGGAGCUCCUACAGCAGGCCCAGCAGAGAAUUAGAGAGCUGGAGGACAGGAUCGACUUGCAAAAGAGACAAAUAAAGGAAAUAGAAGAAAAGUUUUUGUUCCUCUUUUUGUUUUUUUCUUUAGCCUUUAUCCUUUGGCCUUAA